CUAGGAAGAUCACGCAGCAGAUCUGCCAGCAACAGAGGGACGAGCAGGUGAUCCGACACAGCCUGCACGGCUUCACCAAGGGCAGAUCGUGCCUGACUAACCGGCUGGCCUCCUGCGAUGGAGUGACCGUAUCGGUGCACAAACGGAAGGCAACCGUUGCCAUCUAUAAGGACUUCUGCAAGGCUUGCACCACAUCCAUAUCACUAAAUCGGAGAGGCGUGGGUUCAAAGGCUGGACUACUCGCUGGAUGAGGAAUUGGUUGCAUGGUCGCGGCCUCAGGGCUGCCGUCAAUGGCUCUACGCCCAGGUGGAGGCCGGACACAAGUGGUGCCCCCCCAGGCUCCGCCUUGCGGCCACUGCUCCGCAACAUCCUUAUCAACAACACAGGUGAAGGCAUCGACUGCACCCUCAGCAAGUUUGCGCACUUCACGCAUCAAGCUGAGGAGAUUUUGGUGAGAGGCCAGAGCACGGCCACAAGGACAACCAGAGGGCUGGAGCACUUCUCCUACAAAGACAAGCUGAGGGAGCUGUGCCUGCGCGGUCAGGAAAACACAAAGCACCAGGGAGACCACGUUAUAGCCUGCCACUACUUAAAGGGACCUUAUAAACAGGAAGGAAAUCAACUUUCCACACGGGUAGAUAGCGACAGAACACGGCUUUAAAAUAAAAGAGAUUAAGAUCAGACGCCACGGGGAGAUGCAGGUGAGCCACUGGCACAAAAUGCCCAGAGAGAUUCUGGAUCCACCAUUCCCAGGGGUGCUCAAGGCCAGGCUGGAUGCAGCACUGGGAAGCCUGCUCUACAGCUUCAGUUUUGCGGUUGGCAACCGCGCCCGAGGCAGCGAGUGGGAACGAGAUGACCGCCGAGGCCCCUUCCAACCCAAGCCAUUCUAUGACUCAAAGGGGGCCAACGCGACAUCUGGAGUGGGAAACAUAAACACGGACUGAAAUGGCAGGACAAGGGGCGACGGCUUUCAGCUAAAAGAGAGGAGCUUCACAUUAGCCGUUAGCAACAGACUUUGUCCGUUGAGGGGAGGUGGGCCGCAGGAAAACCUCACCCAGAGAACCCGAGGAUGCCCCAGCACGGGAAGCCUCCAACGGCAGGCUGGAUGGGGCUACGGGCAACCCGCUCGAGUGGAAGGCACCCCUGCCGACGGAAAGACGGUUGGAAGCAGAUGGCAUCUGAGGUCCCUUCCAACGCAAACCACCCUCUCAUUCCCUCAACUCCUCCAGUCUCCUCAUCCUCAAAAGGUGCUUAAAAACCACAUCAGGGGCGUCAUCCCCAUAACGUUUGAGGACUCCUCCUGGACGGCAACAAACCUUUGGCCUUCGCAACGCAAGAUCCUUGGCUUACAGCUAUCCGCCUCCUGGUACAUUUCCUCCUUCUCACCACAUGCCACAGGAAGCAAGGAAAAGAAAAGACGGUGGAGGAAGGAGACGCGUCGUCUGAGGAGCACCACAGCCACAGACCCCGCUCGGAAGGAUAUCUUCCCUUUCUCCUUCUUCCUCAAGCACAAGCCUUUCCAACGUAUUCUCAACAGCUUCCAACACAGGCGGCGCUGCCUACUCCCACCACAACCACAGCCAACCCAGAGCUCCUCACGCCACCGGAAACUACCCAAGGUUCUCCCAGCACGCAUCACUUUUCCAUGCUUUGUAAAAAACAAACAGAAACAAUGCACAGAAAGCAAACCACGGGCAACACACAUCUCACUCAAGUCGAAAGACCAAGACCCAUUACAGCACUAGGGCAUUACGUAAGAAAAGUAGAGUUGAACAGGAAGAGGGAUUUCACCAAAGGACACACCAGAGCUCUCGCCGCACGCCUCAGGGAAAGGAUGAAAAAAAAAAUAGCUGCACAACAGCUGACCCAGAAGAUUCCGCCCCACCACUUUCACAUCCCCCUCCCGGCCCUCGCAGCCAGCCACCCCAGAACACACCGCCGGACCAGGAUCUCCACCAACCGCCCCACACACAGACAAGGCACUUGCUCCCAGACCACAAAAACCAAUAGCCAAAAGUGAAAGCCACAGACAAAAUCUCUCGGCAACAGGAAAGCGAGGAAGGGAAAGAUGCCACACCACAUAAAGCCGGCACCGUGGCUGCACACAGACCACUGCCACCACCCGCACCACCACCGAGCCCCACCAGGCUCCUGCCCAGCACAACGCGAGUCCCACCAUGGCUGUGCCUGCAAGCCCACAGCACCCACGGGGGUACGGCAUCCUGCUGCUCACGCUCCUUCUGAAAGCUCUCGCCACCACCGCCUCCGCCUGCAACCACCUUCGCCCCCAGGAUGCCACCUUCUCUCACGACAGCCUCCAGCUCCUCCGGGACAUGGCUCCCACACUACCCCAGCUGUGCCCACAGCACAACGCGUCUUGCUCCUUCAACGACACCAUCCUGGACACCAGCAACACCCGGCAAGCCGACAAAACCACCCACGACAUCCUUCAGCACCUCUUCACAAUCCUCAGCAGCCCCAGCACUCCAGCCCACUGGAACGACAGCCAACGCCAAAGCCUCCUCAACCGGAUCCACCGCUACACCCAGCACCUCGAGCAAUGCUUGGACAGCAGCGACACGCGCUCCCGGACGCGAUGGCCUCGCAACCUUCACCUCACCAUCAAAAAACACUUCAGCUGCCUCCACACCUUCCUCCAAGACAACGAUUACAGCGCCUGCGCCUGGGAACACGUCCGCCUGCAAGCUCGUGCCUGGUUCCUGCACAUCCACAACCUCACAGGCAACACGCGCACUUAGC